CUUGUCAAUCAUAACAGAUUGCCAUCAAGCCGCUCUAGAUAAUAACACAGAGGGACUUUAUAGUAUAACUUAAACAAAGGCCAGUAACCUUAUAAGUAUGAGAUGAAAACAGUGCUGGUUGGUACACAACUGCAUCAUUAGUCAUGCCUUCCAAUGCUUUUUCCAGCAACCAAAUUCUGCUAUUUUUCUUGAUCUCUUCGCCGUUUUGUUAUUCAAUUGACUUCAAUUAUCCUGCAGUUUUCAAUUUUGGCGAUUCGAAUUCUGACACUGGGGGGCUUGUUGCUGGACUGGGAGGACACCUUGUUCCUCCUAAUGGCCAAGCUUACUUCAAGAAUCCAUCAGGAAGGUCCUGCGAUGGACGUCUCAUUGUGGACUUCUUAAUGGACGCAAUGGAUUUGCCAUUUCUAAAUGCCUAUUUAGAUGCAGUAGGGGCACCGACAUUCAAAAAAGGAUGCAACUUUGCCGCUGCAGCAUCUAAGAUACUUCCAGCUACUUCAGCAUCAUUAAGUCCCUUUUCAUUUGGCAUUCAGGUGGCCCAGUUUCUUCGAUUCAAAGAUCGUGUUAUCCAACUACAAGCUAAAUCUAAAAAGUUGGAUAAGUACAUUCCCACUGCAGAAUCUUUUGGAAAGGGGCUAUACAUGUUUGAUAUAGGUCAAAAUGAUCUUGCUGGUGCUUUCUACUCAAAAUCAUUGGACCAAGUUCUUGCAUCGAUUCCUACAAUAUUGUUGGAAUUUGAAACUGGAAUUAAGAAAUUAUAUGAUGAAGGAGCAAGAAACUUGUGGAUCCAUAACACAGGUCCUCUUGGGUGCUUACCGCAGAAUAUUGCCAAAUUUGGGACAGAUACCUCAAAGCUUGAUGAGCUUGGAUGUGUAAGCACACAUAACCAAGCUUCAAAACUCUUGAACUUGCAGCUUCAUGCACUCACCACAAAGCUAAAGGCUCAGUUGUCAGAGGCAAAUAUCACCUAUGUCGACAUUUACACAAUAAAAUCCAAUCUCAUUGGAAACUACUCAAGAUAUGGAUUUGAACAGCCCUUGGCUGCUUGCUGUGGCUACGGAGGAUUGCCUUUGAACUACGACAUCAGAGUUGCUUGUGGACAAACUAAAGUGAUAAACGGAAGCACGAUUACUGCAAAUGCAUGCAGUGAUAGUACUGAGUAUGUCAACUGGGACGGAAUUCAUUGCACUGAAGCUGCGAACCAGCAUGUUUCAUCACAAAUACUCACUGGAAAAUAUUCCGAUCCGCCAUUUGCUGAUAAGAUGCCAUUUCUCUUUAAGCUCAAGUUCUGAACCCAAGAUAUACUAAUCAUCAUUCUUUGUAUUUCUCAUAUGUUAUUCCACAAUGAUAUAGUAACUAACUAAUGGAAGUAAUGAAAAUCAUGUCAUAUUAUGUCGAUGAAAGAAAUAUUCUCAUUUG